ACAGCUUCCUUUCCUGUCUCUCUCCACCAGGCCCCACAAUCUCCCCGAAGCAGGCCUGUCUGCGGUGGGGGUCCCUGUCCUCUUCUUUGUCUGCAAACUGCCACCAUGUUUGCCUCGGCCGGCCUCAGCCCCGGGCAGAGCUGCGGGUUUGUGUUGAUCUUCGCGGUUCUGGUGCAAUCCAUCUGCGUGGCCAUCACCUUCCUCUACUUCACAAACGAGCUCCAACAGCUCCGUGAAACCUACUCCAAAAGCAGUUUUGCCUGCUUUACCAGAGAGGACUUUUUCCUAGAAGACCUGGAUCCAAAUUAUAAUGAGGACAGUGACCCCUGCUGGCAGGUCAAGUGGCAGCUCUCAAGGCUAAUUAAAAAGAUGAUCUCCAAGAACUAUGCGGAAAACGCUGCCUCCGUGGGAAAAGGCCGCAAGCCUUGGGGUCCCACUGCAACAGAAGGAAGAGCGGCGGAGAAUUCUGUGCCUCGUGUGGCAGCUCACUUAACUGCAAACAGGAAGGCUGCGUUAACCUCUCAAAAUACUUCAUUCAGAAGCAGCAUUGGGGUCAAAAUAAACACCUGGGAGACCUCGAGAGGUGCCCAUUCCUUCCUGUACAACGUCGACUUGAGGAACGGGGAACUUAUCAUACCCCAGACGGGGUUCUAUUAUAUCUAUUCUCAAACUUACUUUCGGUUCCGUGAACCCGACGGCGUGGUCCCCGAUGCAGAUCCCGACUCAGACAGCCUCAGAAACCCGAAGCAGAUGGUCCAGUACAUUUCAAAGUUCACUAACUACCCAGAUCCCAUCCUGCUGAUGAAAAGCGCCAGGACAAGUUGCUGGUCUAAAAAGGCCGGGUAUGGACUUUAUUCCAUCUACCAAGGGGGAGUGUUUCAGCUGAAACAAAACGACCGGAUUUUUGUCUCCAUCAAUAACGAAGAAUUAGUGGACUUGGACAAUGAGGCGAGUUUCUUUGGAGCUUUUUUGGUCUCUUAAAAGAAGAGGAGAGAGUAUAAUCUCCAGAAACUUUGAGGCAUUUGUGAAAGAAUUUGAUGAACGGUUUUUAAAGAGGGAAACCUUCAGAACUGGAAGCAUUGCAGAACUGAAAGAACUACCCGCAGAAUUGGACUCACCCUUAUUUCCGGAGCGUUCAGGGUUUCGGUGCAGCUGAGGAACAAAUGGUCCCAUUUCAGUCGUCGUCUGUAAGAAAGGACAGGUGCUAAACAGGUGCACCUCUGUGCUUGUGAAACUGUAACAAAAUGCAGGUGGGUAGCCAUGCUGGUCUGAAGCAGCAAUUUGAGUACAGUGGCACCUUUAUGACCUUGAGCUUUCGUGUGCCUGCAUCUGAAGAAGCGUGAAUGCACACAAAAAGCUUAUACCAAGAAUGAAACUUUGUUGGUCUUAAAGGUGCCACUGUACUCAAAACUUUUUUUCCUAUAACAAAAUGCAACAUAUUUCUCAGGUUACAGCCAGGAAGUCACAAUAGUCCUAACCUCAUACAGCUCCUUUUGCAAACCCACUACUUCUGGAGAGAAUCAUACAAAGUGCCACCCUUGAAUGGAAAUUGCCAGGUUAUUUUAAGCCAGAUUUAUGGCACGUUCCACAUCUGGAAAUAUGAAACAGAACAACUCCCCUGUAGUGUUGUACCCUUCCCACUGCAAGUGGGUGGAAUACCACAGAGGAAGGGCCAGAUCACUUUUCCUGGUGUGCUAGCUUUCCACAUUCAGUGAUGUGGGAAGCAUGCAGAGAUUCCUUUCUUCCUCUCUGAAAUAGUGCAAUUCUGUGCAAGUUGUACCAUGGGAAUUUUUCAAAAUGUGUCUUUUAACACUCUUGGCCUUCAUGCACAGCAUUAGGAUGUGCGGAAUCGUACUCCUAAUUCUGUACCAUUGUUGAAAGUUGAUUGCUUGGAAUGCUGUGAGAUCAGUCAAAGAACCAUAAGUGAGAUUCACGUGAACAGACUACAAUGUAGUCCCCAUUUGCUACAAGGGAGCCAAUCGUACAGAAUUCAUUUUUGUUUGCUUCAGGGUUGUUUUUUUAAAGGACAUAUUAGCCCAAAAUUAAGCAUUCAUGUGUGUGGCCUUUCUGAUCGCAGCAAAGCAUUUUAAACAUGACUACUGAGGGCAGGGUUGCCAACUGACCCCCUCCCCCAUUGGCACAAAAGCUGUUAACAAACAUUUGGCAUCCCAAAAGUGAUUGAAGGCCGUGGUGCUUGAGAUGUCCUUGAAAUGACGAGCAUCCUAGAUUGCCCUUGAUUACACCUGCUCCAGAAGGUGUAAAUCAUGUGGUUGGGGGAAGACAUUGUUGGAAGUGAAAAAUCCAGCGCAGCCAUUGAAUGUUCAUGUUUUGGGUCUUUUCCAAAGCACCAAAUAGAUGCUGGCAGCAGGGCCUUUUACUGCCCCUGCUUUUUCUAGCAGCCAGAUAUCCAAGCAGUUGGCAAAUGAAGCUUAUGCCAUCCCUUUAUUUCUAUUCCAGGAAGCCCUUCAUCUGCUUAAUUUCUGUGUGUCAAAUUGCUCAAGUUGACAUCUUCUAUAGUAGCUCAUCUGUCUGUGACUUCCAACAGUAGCUUGAAGUAAAGAAUAUUACCCCUGGUAAUGUUCACGCUACGUAAAGGUGCCUGCUGAUAUCUGCAUAUCAUUCUGCCGUAAAAGGCACAGGAGCAGAUGAGGGUCACUUUCCCCCAUUUCAGUGGACAUCUAGAUAUUAAAAACAUAAGAGCCCAGUCCAGAAAAAGAUGACUGCCUCUUCGGCCAAAUAUCACCCAAUUUGCUUCCAUCAGCUUUAUUUUUAUGAGCAUGUUGAAUUGGCAAUGGGAGGUAUUUUCCUAAGCUAGUUGUGUUUCAGCUAUCCCAAGGGUAUCUGCUUCCUUACACACCAAGGCAGACUUGCAUGUUCUGUGAUACACGGCUGGCAGCAGAUUCCCACAAAGGUGCGUAGCCUUGGAGGCUAGAAUUUAGAAGAGAACUCCUUAAGAGGACAAAUGAGCAGUGAUCCUCUUAACUGUGUGGCCACAAUAAUUAUCCACGGCGGUUCAUUCCGUCCCGUGUGAUCAGCAGCUGGUGAUACAAAACACAUAAUGUUGUGAUGUCAGAUUGUGAGUUGUACAAGGAUGUUGUAGAGAACUGCGUAGUUAGUUUCUAUUUAGGAGACAGCUCAAUAUGAUCAGUUUUUGGCCCUAAGAGAGUAACCCAAGCCAAGUUCAGCAUUUCUUCAAAGACUCAAACAUGCCUCUCCUUCCAUCCUUCAGGGAAGGAAGCUGAGGUUCAGUCUCCGUUUGGUUUCCCCACGUGGAAACUGGGCUCCUUGUUUCGUUGUUAGCUUUCAAAUUGUUUCUAAAGGACACUUCCUUUAAAGUUUUGCUGGUAGUGGAUGUUAAAGAGUUUUUUAUAAAUUCUCCCUUGGCGUGCUCCAAGACCAACUGAGAAUGUAGGAAUCCGCUAGAAGGAAACUAAUCCCAUCUGUUUAAGCUCUAAGUCUUGCUCUUCUUUACGGGAGAGGUCACAACUAGUUUGCAUCUUUAUUGUUUCCCAUGAAAGUAGUGGGAUUUUGUCAGCAUUCAUAACUUCAUCCAGAUCAGGUGUGCUUAAUCUUGCAGAGAUGAACAUUUACCUUCACAUGGGAAACUGAAUGUUUGUAUAUGUAACCCUGUUUCAGUAGUUUGGUUUGAGUGGAAUCACCAGUUUUUUGUUUUUAAAAAAGAAACUCCGUAGAAAAGGAAGAAGUGCUUAGAGGAAACCCAUCAGCCAAUGCUAUGGUCUCCACUGGUGCUGCCUAUCUGAUAAGACUGGGCUAGCCUUUGCCAUCUGGGUCACAGCACAAGACUUAAAAAGGAAAACGGAUUGUUCCGUGUUCUAUCAUGGGAUUGCCAGGUAUUUUCAUAGAGCUGAUACCAGCCCCUUUAAAGACUGAGGCAAGCUGAAGUAUGUAAUUUGCAUGUAGUCCCCUUCUGACCCUCAGAAGUAAUGAGCUCAGUUAAAGCAGGCAAAAUAACAGAGUUAACAGCAGGAGAGAUGCAAAAACUGUGUCCUUUCCCAGCACCUUUUACAGAAACAAGCAUCAUCAAUAGGAAAACAUGGAAACCCCUGCAAUCAUUUUGUUUUGGAAAACCAAGCACUGACAAAAGGGAGUCGGGGCCACGAGAUUUAUGGUAGUGGAAAGUGGUCUCAAGUUGCAGCUGGCUUCUAGCAACCAAGUCGGGCUUCCAAGACAUGUGACAGACAGAGGUAGUUUGCCAUUGCCUGCCUCUACCAGUGGCGUACGGCCCUAGGGACAUGGGUUACCCCAUGUCCCCAGGCGCAUUCCUUUUGGUCAUGGGGGGACCCCCCCCCAUGUGAUCAAACAGGCAGCCCCUCUUCCCUGCCUAGAAGCUGGGCACGAGGGAAACUUGCCCGACUUGUAGGCAGCGCAGCGGAGUUGGGCAGUCCUUCCCUGCCUACAAGCCAGGCGUGAGUUUCCCUCACUGGAGCCCAACUCGCAAGUAAGUGGGGCUCCGCAUGUGGGGCUGGUAUCUGGAGGGUUUUUUGUCUCCGGGUGCCAUUUGGCCCCAUAAGCCUCUGGCCUCUACAUAGCAACCCUGGACUUCCUUGGUGGUGUCAUCCAAAUACUAACCAGGGCCAACCCCCUUUCUUCAGUGUUUGGUUUCCCGAAAGAAAAUGAAUGCAAGAUUGUCUCAGUUUUGCGCUCUCUCUACUGUUUAGGUACAGUGUAAAAUGAGAGACCUGACUGUACUGACGUAGAACGGGUGUAAUAUGCAUGCAGCUUUUUAUUAUCUGGGUCUGCCUUGAACAGCUGCAUGAUGGGUAAAAAUGUAAGCUGUGAACUUCUUUGUGGCUUGAAG